AAAAGCUAUCAAUCAUUUUGAAUAAUCACCAUAAUCUUUUGAAUAAUAUGACUCGCCAUCCAAACCAUGAUGGACAUCUGUAAAACGCUUCUCAACGACCUUUCAAUGCUGACAUCGUCACCACCCCCCAGAGAUGGCGCCUUAAAAUCUAUCGCUACAAGCAAACGAAAUUCGAAUAUAUUAUCAACGAUAGACAGUAUCCCAAUUUCUAAAAAGGAUACAUAGGAGGUUAUUAUGGUGCAAGAUCACGUGUUCAGUAUAAAUAUUCAAUACACUAAUUCGGAGUACAUUGAGCUGCAGGUAACGCCUAAUGAGAUGGUUCAAGAAAUUCAUCAAGUUUUGAUGGAUAGAGAGGAGACCUUUCAUCGCACAUGUUUCUCAUUGCAAUUCCAAGGAACUACUCUAGACCAGUUUUCGGAGCUGAAAACCUUUCAAAACCUAAUAGACAAUUCUUUGCUUAAAAUCGUCGAAGGACACAAAUAUGCACCUUGCUCACAUUUGAAAGAUAAAAGAAAAUUUUACCCAAUAAUUAAGAUUUAUUACAUGGAAACAAUGUCUCUUAUUGGAACCCCAAAUACUACAUUAUCCACCAGAGCUCCUGCUAUACUUUGCUUGAAGUCUUUAGCCUUCAACCACUGGAACCCUCCGCCUGGCCCUCGCAAAAUGAAGGGAGACUUAGCCUACAUAACAGUGAUCACGUUAGAGGAUAAAGAAUUUCACAUAACGGCUUGCGUUAGAGGAUUUUACGUUAAUCAAUCGGUAAAUGGAACGUUCAAUCCAUCGCCUCAUUCAGAUUCUCAAAAUUUCCAUUCUCUUUUUGAUUUAUUUAAUAAGAUUAGUCCCCUUUUUAAGCGAAAUUUAUCCGUUUUAAUCAAAAAACGCAACGCUCAAAAUUCGUUAGAAAAAGUUCCGGUUCCAUUUCAAAAAUAUUCCUGGAUCUUGCCGUUUCUAGAGCACAGGGAAGACGCCAUUAGAGCCGAAGAUAUAUUCCAAUCUAGAUUUGGUUUCGAAGAUCACGUACCAGGCCAGACCCGGGAUUGGAACGAAGAACUUCAAGGAACGCGUGAGUUGCCGCGCAAAGACCUUGCAGAACGUGUUGCCAGAGACCGAGCAGUAUUUAAAGUCGGGGCCGAUUUGGCUACAGCCGCUGCUAAAGGAGCUCUGUCUAUCUCACGCGGAUAUCCGCUGCCCAUCAAUCCCGGCGAGAGUUCGAAGAUGCAUAUGUACAUAUGGAAUAACAUAUUCUUCAGUCUGGGGUUCGACAUAAGAGAUCAUUACAAAGAAUUGGGAGGCGAUUUUGCAGCCUACGUGGCACCCGCCAACGAUCUGAGAGGUGUCGAAAUAUACUCUGAUUUGGAUAUAGAAAAAUUUCAUACAUUAGGAACGGUGAUUGUAGAUUAUAAAGGAUAUCGAAUAACAGGGCAAACUAUAAUACCAGGAAUAUUGGAACGAGAGCAGGAGGAAUUAGUUGUUUACGGGAGCAUCGAUUCUAGCCCUUCGCCCGUCACCAACAAUUCUAAUUUACCUAAUGGUAAAAAUGAGGAUGAAACCGUGUCCCAUCAGAAAAGCGUUGAUAAAGUUAUUAUUAGAACCAACGUUGAAUACGAUAAAAUACUCAAAGAAAUAGCCUCCAAACUUAGGGUUAGCACUCAUAGAGUGUAUAGUGAUAGCCCAUCCAAAAUGGCCGUUAUUCCAAAGACCGAGAUUAAUGGAGAAUUAUCUACCAUCGAUCAUAUUGAUAAAGUUGACUGCGAAAUAAUUGAAUUGCAUACGUCUUACGAAUGCAAGGGGAUCAUAGGCAAUGAUCUUAGGCGUUAUAUAUUAGAUUUAUUCCGCACUCUUCCUUCCGAUCUCAAUUUCUUACCAGUUGACGGAUUCAAAUUAAGCGCCGAAUCGAGAAAAUUGGGACUACCGCAGAAGUACAAACAUCAAUUAUGCGUCUUAAGGCCCGAACUGGUUGAAGCCUUUGUUGAAUAUGUAAUAAAUUUAGCCUUGCCUCCCCAACUCUCAGAGAAACAGGAUAAACACAAUAUACCAAAUAAUGACAAAACAGGAGAAAUACACGAACAAGGAGAAAAAAAUGAGCUAGACUCGGAUCAUAUAAUCACGGAAGAUAUGAUGAGUAUGAGUAGUCUUAUGUUGACCGAUGAGAAUGGUAUCACUAACGGUUCCCAAGAAAUAAAGACUCAAGAUUCCUCUUCCGAAAUUAAAUUAAAAUUACGUACUAAAUUUUCCUUAUCCCUCGAGGACCUUAAAUUCAAUCCUGACGCAUUCUUAAAGAGCGUACGUCACGUACCUGACGAUGCCGAAAAAUUGAAAGCAGAAAGAAAGCUUCUAUUAGAUAUUGCGGAUUUUGUGAUAUGUUAUCAAAUACCGGAUAUGUUGAAUGAUUUUAAAGAGCAUACCGCGGUUCCGAUUGACGGCUUUUCCCUUGUUGAAAUGUUGCACUUGAAGGGUAUAAAUGUCCGAUAUCUAGGAAUUAUCGCUAAAAAAUUGGAGUGCCAUUCCAAUCUCACGUAUUUAAAAAAUAUAGCUCUCCAUGAAAUGAUAUCCAGGAGCGCUAAACAUGUUUUUAAAAAUUUAAUUCAAAACGUCGAACCCUCUUACCUUUCAAUCAUGAUUGCACAUUUCCUGAAUUGCUAUUUAGGUUCUUACGCUGAUCCAAUUACCAAUUUGGCAUCUAUUAUUGAGCCUCAUAAAAAUGGGAAAAAGAAGUAUAAAAAGAAGAAAACGUUUAACUCUAUUACGAAUAAUGGUAACACGGAUUGGAUCAAUUUGACUCCCGGAUAUUUAUGGAAAAGUAUUUGUAAAGAUGUCGAGUUGUCCUAUAUAUAUAGCAUUAAAGAGGGCGAAAACUUCGACCAAUUCUCGAAACUCAAGCAACUUAAAAAAUUGGUGUUCUUACGACAAUUUUGCCUUAAGUGCGGCGUUCAAAUCGUUUUGAGGGAAUACGCGUUGGACAGCCCCAUUCGUAUGACCUUUCACGAGGACGAUAUUAUCAACAUGUUCCCCAUCGUGAAACACGUGACACAUAAAGAAAUUGACCUGUCUACGCCUACAUAUGGAUCUUUACAGAGAUUAGGCAUUUCGGCAUAUAAUUCAACAAAUAAUCAAUAG